AUGGCUGAGGAGAUUAACUACGCUACAGUUGUAUUUAAAAAUAAGACACACUCCCGAAGUGAAGCUCAAAAGGAGGAAGAAAUUGUGUACGAUGAAGUGAAAGUGGUGCAGAAAAAAGCAGAACCAGCAGCUGACACAAAUGUUAUAUCAGUCAUCUCUGCAGAAAAUGAAAAGCUGAAGAUGAUGAAACAGCUUCUGAAUUCAUUAGAAAACAACCAAACAACUCUUCUAGAGAUCAAUCACAACCUGAAAGACCUCAACAACAAACUCAGCUCAGAAAAUGAAAGAUUGAGGAGAGACAACGAUAAUCAGACAGUCAUCAUUGUAAACCUGACAAAGGAAUAUAAUGUCUUAGAAAUGAAGAUCAAGAAUCUAACUGAAGAGAUCAAGCAGCUGAAGACACUGAACAACUUAACAGAACAAAUACGAAAAAUAGAGAACUGUGUUACCCAGCAGACCUUUGAUGCCUACUGCCCAAUAAAAGAUGGAAACAGACAGUGUAAACCUUGCCUGGAGGGCUGGCUGCAGCACCAGUCCAACUGUUAUGCAAUCUAUAACCCUGAUACUGCUGGUCAGAAGACCUGGGAGAAAGCUCGAGAUGACUGCAGAGCAAAGAAUUCAGACUUGGCUGUAAUAGUUAAUGAAGAUGAAAAGAGAUUCAUCAGUGAUAAGAGUUGGAAAACUCCAGGACUCACUGACUACUGGAUUGGACUGAGAUAUAAAGACAGGAAAUGGAAGUGGAUCGAUGGAAGUGAUCUGGAUAAAAAAUCCUGGAUAACAGGACCUUACUACAACAGCUACUGUGCAAUUUCUGUCCAUAACCAAGGAUGGAGAUCAGUGUGGUAUGGAAACAAAAACGGUUGGAUCUGCAAAAAGGCGGCUUUAUCUGUUUAAACAGUGAGAAGCCUCACAUGAGAAGGUUACUGGAUACUCUGUAAAGAUUAAUAACAUGUAAGAUCAUAUCAACUGGAUUGUAAAUAUCAAUACAAAUAUUUUUUUUUCAGAAUUUGGAA